CUCCGUACAUGCCUGACCUUGGCGCAUGCGUGGUGUACGGGCGCCAUUUUGAAACGGACUGAGCCGAAGUCAGCAAAGCAGUUUGACAGCCGCGAUGGAUCCAGCAAGCAUGCAGGCCUUGGCAGGCCACCUGCAGAAAACCUUCUCUCCAGAUGUCGGAGAGCGGCGAGCAGCUGAGAAGUUUCUGGAGUCAGUGGAGGGGACCCAGAACUACCCUGUCCUGCUGCUGCACCUGGUGGAGAGUGCUGAGGCUGACAUGACCAUCCGGGUGGCCUCUGCCAUCACGUUCAAGAACUACGUCAAGAGGAACUGGAGAAUUGUUGAGGAUGAGCCUAACAAGGUGUCUGAGCCCGAUCGUGACACGGUGAAGAGAGAGAUUGUGGGUCUGAUGCUGCGGAUGCCUGAACAGAUACAGAGACAGCUGAGUGAUGCUAUUACCAUCAUUGGACGUGAAGAUUUCCCCGCCAAGUGGCCAGGCCUGGUCAAUGAGAUGGUAACAAAGUUCCAGACUAGUACAGAGUUCAACGUCAUCAAUGGGGUACUGCGCACAGCUCACUCCAUCUUUAAAAGAUACCGACAUGAGUUCAAGUCCAAUGAGUUGUGGACAGAAAUCAAGUAUGUAUUGGACUCUUUUGCAGCCCCUUUGAUGGAACUAUUCAAGGCCACCAUGGACCUGGCCAACAAAUGUGCCUCAGACCCAGCCAACCUAAAGGUCAUCUUCAGCUCCCUCACACUCAUCGCCAAGAUCUUUUACAGCCUCAACUUCCAGGACCUGCCAGAGUUCUUCGAAGACAACAUGCAGACCUGGAUGACAGGCUUCCACACCCUGUUGCAGGUGGACAACAAGCUGCUUAUGACAGAUGAUGAGGGAGAGGCGGGUCCCUUGGAGCUGAUCAAGUCCCAGAUCUGUGACAACGUUGCGCUGUACGCACAGAAGUACGACGAGGAGUUCCAGCCGUACCUGCCACAGUUUGUCACCGCCAUCUGGCACCUCCUCAUCACCACCGGGCAGCAGGUCAAGUUUGAUCUGCUGGUGAGUAAUGCCAUCGGGUUCCUGGCCUCGGUGUGUGAGCGCCCACACUACAAACACCUGUUUGAGGACCCUGCCACCAUGUCCUCCAUCUGUGAGAAGGUCAUCAUUCCUAACAUGGAGUUCAGAGACUCUGACCAGGAGCUGUUUGAGGACGACCCUGAGGAGUACAUCCGGCGUGACCUGGAGGGUUCGGACAUCGACACGCGGCGCCGCGCUGCCUGCGACCUCGUGCGCGGACUCUGCAAGUUCUUCGAAGCUCCAGUCACCCAGAUCUUCUCAGCCUAUGUCGUAGCCAUGCUAACGGAACACGCCAAGAACCCGGCCCAGAACUGGAGAAAGAAGGAUGCAGCUAUCUACCUGGUGACAUCCCUUGCCUCCAAGGCACAGACAGCCAAACUGGGCAGUACCCAGGCCUCUGAACUGGUCAACCUGACAGACUUCUUCACCAGUCACAUUGCUACAGAGCUGCAGGCUCCUAAUGUGAAUGAGCAUCCAGUCCUGCGAGCAGAUGCCAUCAAGUACGUGACGACAUUCCGCACACACCUGUCCCAUGACCACCUGAAGGCCUGCCUCCCGCUGCUGGUGAGCCACCUGUGUGCGGAGAGCGGUGUGGUGCACACGUACGCAGCUCACUGCCUGGAGAGGCUCUUCACCACCAAGGUCAACGGGAAGCCUGUUAUCGUGAAGUCCGAUGUGGAGCCCCUGGCCGUGCCCCUCCUCACCAACCUGUUCAACGCCUUCACCCUGCCGGGGUCCCAGGAGAACGAGUAUGUCAUGAAGACUGUGCUCAGGACCUUCUCCCUGCUGCAGGAGUCUGUCAUACGUUUCCUAGAGUCACUCUUACCCAAACUGAUAGAGAAGCUUGCUGCUGUCUCUAAGAACCCCAGCAAACCCCACUUUAACCACUACCUGUUUGAGACCCUGGGCCUGGCCACCAGGAUCACCUGUAAGGCCGACCCUGCUGCAGUCACCAGCUUUGAGGGGGCCUUCUUCCCUCUCUUCCAGGAGAUACUGCGACAAGAUGUACAAGAGUUUAUUCCGUACGUGUUUCAAAUCAUGUCGCUGCUGCUGGAGAUCCGGACAGACGGAAUCCCCGAGUCGUACAUGGGCCUGUUCCCCCACCUGCUGAUGCCGGUACUGUGGGAGCGCAGCGGGAACAUUCCCCCACUGGUCAGGCUGCUGCAGGCCUACCUACAGAAGGGUGCACAGGCCAUCGCAGCUGCAGAGAAAAUUCCCAGCAUACUUGGAGUGUUCCAGAAGCUGAUAGCCUCCAAGGCUAACGACCACGAGGGCUUCUACCUUCUGGACAGCCUGAUAGAAAACAUGCCAGAAGCUAACUUGUCCACAUACAUGAAACAGAUCUUCCUCCUGCUGUUCCAGAGACUACAGAGUUCUAAAACAACAAAGUUUAUCAAGAGUUUUCUAGUGUUCAUGUGCCUGUAUACCAUCAAGUACAAUGCCACGUCUCUGGUGCAAAUGGUGGAUGGCAUACAGCCAAAGAUGUUUGGCAUGGUGUUGGAGAAGUUAUUCCUGCAGGAUGUACAGAAGGUUUCUGGCCAUACGGAGAGGAAAAUCUGCGCUGUUGGCAUGACCAAGCUCCUGACUGACUGUCCUGCCAUGCUGGGGGAGUACCAUGCACAUUGGACACCCCUGCUACAAGCCCUGAUUGGUCUGUUUGAACUUCCUGAGGAUGACAGCGUCCCUGACGAUGAACACUUCAUCGAGAUUGAGGACACGCCCGGUUACCAGACGGCGUACUCCAAACUGGUUUUCUCGGGGAAGAACGACCACGAUCCCCUCAACGGGGCCGUAGCAGAGCCCAAAACCUUCCUGGCACAGAGUCUGCAGAAACUUAGUACAACAUGUGCUGGAAAGAUUCCUGGUAUGAUCAGUUCAGGCCUAGAUGCAAAAGCAGCCCAGUUCCUGCAGGGUUACCUACAGGCUGCUAAUGUCACACUGCAGUAACAUGGGAGGGACGGGGGAGGAGUUAACUGUCAGUUUGCUUGUAGCAAUUAACAUUUGUUGGGUUGAGAGUUACAACUGACGAGUAUGCUGUAUGCAUUUCACAGGCACAAUGUGAUUGAAUUCGCUUCAAGUUGGACCUGCCAAAUAUGAGUAGGCUUUUCUACUGUAGGUUGUGUAAAUAUGGCAACACACUAUUUCAGAUGGGAAGAUGUUUUUGAAAAUAACAUCAUUUCUGUGCUAAGCUGUAUGUUAGCAUGAACAAUAAGAAAUCCUAUGUCACAUAUGUUAUGAAGUCUCUUUCUUCUCUGUCUAUAUGCCCACAGGUGAAAAGUGCAUACGAAGAGUAUACAAAUGUGCCAGUAGCAAAUGAAUUUGCACCACAUUUGGAGGCCUAAGUUGACAAUGGUAGGGAACCUUCAAGAAUACUGUUACCUACAAUAAUGUUUCUAGGAAAGGCCAUGAAAUACAAAUGUAAAUCUAAAAGGUUUAUUUGUAAUGGAACAUUUUUUACACAGGAAAUAUGUUGGUAACAAGUCCAUGACUGAAAGUCUGUCCAGUGAAUAUAUGAAAGAAUAUUAAUGUCUUUGUCAGGCAAGCCAAGGAGGAUUCUCACCUAGAAGGUACAGCAGUACAAUGUAUAUGAUAGAUACCACAAAUUUGUAUCAUGGGAGAACUAACUAUAGAAUAGUU